AUGAGUAGCACUCGAGUAUUUCAAUCAAAAUACGCAAAGGAUAAACAAAAACAAAUAGAUAACUCAGCCAAUUCUCAAGCGGUUUAUUUAUGGUUAACAAACGAGCUUGGUUACAGAUUAGGUCAUUCGACGUCUAUAAUAGACGACGUGAUUUCCGAUAAAGAAAUCACCAAAGAAGAUAUACAAAAGCUUUGCAAGAAUGAAUUCAUUCCGAUUUUCAAGUUUCUUAUGGAACGCGUAAGACCUACCAAACAAGUAGUUCAAAUUCGUAAUGAACACCUUGUAGAUCAGCAACUGAAAGUAAAAUCGCAUCAUAUAAACCGAAAAUUAAAGCUUGAAAAAAAAUUGUCACAGAUCAAUACAAAUAUAAGAGAUGGCGAAGAACAAAUUGAGCGUUUAAUUUCACGUAUAGCAGAUAUUGAAUUUCAGAUAAGAAAAGUUCAAGGAGAAUUGCGUGAAAAAAAGAAUAAGAUUUAUAUGAAAGAAACAUUCCGAGAAAAUUAUAAGUCUUUUACAAUAAUUGAGAAUGAAUAUCGAAACCUCCUAGAAGAACAUAAGAGAAAAUUCAGAAUGAAGGACGAUAUUAGUAUGACGCAAAAAGGAAGUGAGACAACAAUGACCAUUAGGAUCAAAAAAGUUUGUGAAAAACUUAAAUCGCUUGGAGAGAAUAUGGUUUCGAGUAAAGAUCUUGUUGACGGAAGCACGAAAAACGAUAUUCGUUUUUCAAUUGAGGAAAUGCUAAGAACAACUCUGCCGAAAUCAUUGCUUAAAUCUGUCUCAAGUGUUAUGAAAUCUUCUUCCAAAGAUUUGAUGUGUUCAUAUACCGAUCAAUUCGUUGAAAAAACUGAUACUUCCGUUGAAGAUUCAAUCCAUAAUGUUCAGCGGUUGUUACAGCAAUGUAGAGAAAAUCAUGUAGAAAAAUUCAUUGAAACUGAAGCAAUUCUUAACAAUAUUUUUAAGCUGAAGGAAAAAAUCCAACAAGAAAUUCAGCUCAUAAAAGUAUAUAUAGAAAAAAAGUAUAUGCACUUACCGAUGGAUGAUAGAGGUAGACAAGUGUUAAAUUCCAAUGCUGAGUUAGAAGCUAAUCAAGCCGCACUUAAGAUGGUAAUGAGUUUUGCUGACAUGCUUGAAAGUCAAAACCAAAAUUUGGUGGUUUCUCGUGAUGAAAUGUCGACCUUGUUUAACCUAGUUAAUGGUUAUAAUUUAGAUAUAGAAAAAAAACAAAAAAGCAUUCAACGUUUAAUCAAUAUCAAUCAAUUAACAAGAACGAACUUUAUUGGACAAGCUGAAGAGAUUUCGGGCUUUUUACAAGAGAAGAUUUUCCCUUUUGCUAACCAUAUUGAAACUUUGGGUAAAAACCUCGAUAAUAUGAUGAUGAAAGAGAAUGAAAAGUUCAAAAUUUUAAAUUUGAGAUCAGCAAAACAAAUCAAAUUACACAACGAUUUUCGAGCUAUAAAUACACUUGAUAUUCAUCGCGCCCUUGAUGAUAACUUUGUAUACAAAAUAAAAGACCUGAUCCAUUGUCCAAAAUAUAUGGUUACAAAUAAUAUGCAGCAGGCAGCCGAAACUUUGAAAGAUUUAUUGGAAAAACAAGGUCAAGACUUUUUAAAUAAAGAAAUCACACGUCUUAAACGAGAAAUUGAUACUAUUGAUAAGGCGGAAAUUAUUUUUCAAGAAAUACAUGAUAUACUCGAAGAACGCGAGAAAAUACUGAGUAGACAAAUUGGAAAUAGGAUUAAGUAA